UUUUGUAUAUUAUUGAACCACAACCGGAGACAACCACAUCAUUUCAAGCUUCAAAAGUUCAAGAACCGUAAAAAGUUGUUCAAUAAGAGUAUAUUAUAAUAUGUUUAAACAUGAAUUUUAUCCUAUCGCAACGCUUAUUGCAGUCCUUAAUAUUUUCUGUACCAAGGUAAUUGGUCAUGGAAUGCUUUUAGUUCCUGUUAGUCGUUCAUCUAGGUGGCGAUAUGAUGAAUCAGCCCCGAAAAAUAUCGAAGAUUCCAUGCUCAAUUGUGGAGGAGCCGAUGUAAUGUGGGGUACUAAUGCUGGUGAAUGUGGAUUGUGUGGAGAUGAUUACAGUUUACCAACACCUCGUCCCAAUGAACUGGGUGGAACCUUUGGAGAGGGAGUAAUUACCAAACAGUACGUUAAUGAAUCCCAGGUCGAAUUGGGCAUACAAGUCAUCGUAAACCAAAUGGGUUUCUUCUACUUCGAUAUUUGCAACUUGGACGAGUUUCAUGAAGAAUCUGAGGAUUGUUUUAAGGAAAAUCCCAUUCUAUUGGCUGAUGGCAGUGAUAAGUUUUAUGUUGAAGAAAAGGUCGGAAGGUUAAAUGUACAAAUAAUGUUUCCUCCAGAAUUAGAUUGUAUGCACUGUGUUUUGAGAUGGAACUAUCAAGCAGGAAAUAAUUGGGGUAAAUGUGAAGAUGGCAGUCUUGGUUUGGGUUGUGGACCGCAUCAGGAGAACUAUAAAGGUUGUUCUGAUAUAAGUAUAUUGACUGAGACUGAGCUUGAGGCUUAGACUUACAUGUUAGAUUCAUAUGUGUGUUUUAAAAAUGUACAUAUUAUAAGUACAUACUUAUGUAUAUUUGUAUUAUGUGAUAACCAUUUAUGUUUAAUAAACGAGUUCAAAAAUUGAAA